CAAUAAUACAUUGUAAUCUUUGGACGUAGCUUCCGAAAAAUAAGUCUGUUUUCAUUUUGAUAAACAUUCUUUUUUCGAAAACAUAAAAAGAAUGGUGGGCGCGAUGCCUGUUGAUUUGAUACCGAAAUUUUGCAACGGUGCCAUGGACAGCCUGAACGGCGGCGACGAUUGUGAAUACCAAGUGUCUGUAGGAAGUCGUGUGAAGUGCAGUGAUGAUUUUGGUACGGUGAAGUAUAUUGGGGAGGUGCAUGGGUACAAAGGCAUUUGGUAUGGAGUAGAGUGGGAUAACGCCGACAGGGGAAAGCAUGACGGCAUCGUAGAGGAUGUGCAGUACUUCAAAACGACCAAACCAGGUGCUGGUUCAUUCAUACGUCCCAACAAAAUUGCUCCAUUCAAAACUUGUGCUGAAGCCAUCCGAAAGUAUUAUGGUGAUAGAGAGGAUGAGACUGUGGCGGCUCAUCGCAGGACCGUCAUCAAUGAGUGGAAACGUGAGAUGGGUGCACCGUUCAUUGAGAUGGUCGGCUUUGAGAAGAUACAUCAAAAACAGAAGUUCGACCGGCUGCUCGAAGUGUGUGUCCGUGAUCAGAACGUGUCCAAGGCAGGGGACGUGGCGCUGCUCUGUCCCAACGUGAGGAGUCUGGACGUGUCGCAGAACCUGUUCUCCAACUGGCGCGAGGUGAUCCAGCUGUCGGCGCAGCUGCCUGAUCUUAGAGAGUUGGAUCUGAGCAAAAACCGUAUGGCCAUAGACAUGCCAGAGGAGACACUUGCCAAAUUGUCAAUCAAUUUCGCCAACUUGGAGAAACUGAACAUAUCAGUCUGUGAUUACGAAUGGUCGGAUAUUCUCGCUCUAUCGCAUCUAUGGCCGAAUAUCAAUGAAAUUAUCGCAGCUUUCAACAGAAUAAAGACUAUAAACGCACCUGACGUCACUUUAAAUACUCUGGCAGUUUUAAGAUUAGACGGAAACCCCAUAGAAUCAUGGUACGAAGUCAUGAACCUCGGCAGGUUAAAGAAUUUGAAGGUGCUGAGUUUGAAUGACUGUCACAUUGAACAUAUAAGGUUUAAUGAAAAUGGAUACGGCAAGUUGGACAUUUUUGAAAGUUUGGAGGUUAUGUUUUUGAACAGAAAUAGAAUUAAUGAUUGGAGAUCGGUCAGCGAACUAAACAAACUGAAGUGUUUGAAAAAACUAUAUUUCCUCAAGAACCCAGUACAGAACAAUGAAGACUAUGACACUGUUUCUCAACUUAUCAUCGCUAAAAUUGGAAACCUGCAGGAAUUGAAUGGGUCAAUAAUAACUCGUGAACUACGUCGAGGCGCAGAGUACGACUACAUGAAACGCUACGGGGCGGAGUGGAAGGCGGCUCAGAGCGACUCACAGAAGAAAAUGGCGUUCGAUUUAGAGCAUUGUCGCUUCCAGGAGCUUGUUAACAAAUACGGCAUUCCAGACGACAGCUUGCUAGUCAAACAACCAAAAACCACCACACUCACCUCACAGUUACUAGAAAUAACGUUAAGGGACGAGAACGGGAAGUCGUUGAAAAAGAAAUUCCCCUCAACAAUGGCGGUACAGAAACUGGUAACACUGGCGCAAAGACUUUUCUCGAAGGGCAACACCGGGACACCAACUCUGCAUGUCGUUGAUGAACAAAUGAAAGGCGCUGAAAUCACAUUGGAUAAUGUUAUGAAAGAUCUAGCAUUUUUUUCCAUUAAAAAUGGCGACACAAUCAUCAUCAGAUUCAUAUAAUGUGCUAAUUUUAACACCUGUUAUUGGCAACACAAAUCGUAUUUAAUAAAAUGAAAGCGUAUAUUUAAAUUCAAACAAAAAAAAAACAA